AUGGAUGUUGAGGCUUGGAACUCCGAUCUGAUGGAGGAUAUGCUACCGAAAACAAUAUUUCUGAUAUGCUGCAUGGUGAUUGGAUUAUUUGGAAAUGGUUUUACCCUUCUUAUCUAUUGCGUGAAAAUGAAAAUGUCUGACGAAAGAUAUUUUAUACCAGUAUUAGCAACAGUAGAUCUUUUUGCAGCAACAAUAUGUCCUAUUUUAGGAGUUAUGGAAAGUAGAAUGAUCGUGACCUUUUAUAAUGCAUCUGUCUGUAAAAUAUUUUGGGCAGCUGCAUCAUUUUUGACGAUGAUGUCCGUCUUUGUUUUCGCUGUUAUAGCAAUUCAACGGUAUUUAAAAGUGUGCGGUUCCUUCGGUUCUACUAUGAAUAUAUUAUGGAGAAGAAUAUCACUUAUGAUCUGUAUAGUAUUAUCUGCAACUUUUGCAGCGCCAAUGAUAAUAUUCCAUAGCUCAGUGGAAAUCAAAAAUGUUGAUAAGAAUUUAACAGGGUUCCAGUGCGCAAGGACGAACGAAGAAGACGAAACUGUAAUAAAUAUAACACACAAAUUGACGACAAUAUUUAUGGUUAUAACUAUAUUUUUUAUUUUGUGUUAUGUGCCAAAAGUUAUAUUGCUUGUUAUGGAAGGUCUUGAUGAUGGAUUCUGGGAAAAUAUGUCGAACAACCUUCGACAUGUUUUGACUUUGCCCAAUGUUAAUUUUCUGUGGGAUUCAAAACAUAUUGUGACACUGGGCCAUUGUAUGAAAGUAAUAAGUUUAAGAAAAAUAGUUAGAGAUGUGUCGUCAGCACCCAAUCACAAUUAA